CAGGUAAGUACCAGGUAGCGCUUUCAAGGCAGCUCCGACCAUGAUCCCAUGACAAUGACGUGACGGCAACGAGAUUGCCCUCCAUGCGCGCGCGCCACCUUCAAUGAGCCUCGCUCAGUGACUGCUACUCGAAGAGUCGAAGUUCAAGAGGGUUCUGGCUUUGCCUCUUUCAACCUCAAGUUGAAAAGGUCCCUGUGCAGUCCUUUCACACGGGCCCUAGUGCUGAUCACAGCUGUCAUGUGGAAGCUGACUGUGCGCACCAGCGCCUAGCCUGCUGAUCAACGGCAAAACUUCUUUGCAGCAGGUGACUGAAAAGUCAGAUUGGGUCUUUGUUAUCAUGUGAGCAAGAUUUUAAGUAUGCAGCUUGAUUACAAACGCUGACGGGCGCGCCGUGGCCAGGAUAGAGGGACUUUUGAGGUGAGCCACUGUACUGGGCUGCACAGGAGUCUCUGACAGGAGACGAGGUCGAUUCCAAAAGUGGAGAUCGCUGCAGUAUAUCGACGGACGGCGCAGCUAGGCCCACAGCAGUGGCCACAUGCAAUGUGGCUGUACGGAAGAGCUCCGAUUUACAUUUUUUUGGUUGGACUAACUAGAGCCUGAAGACUUGCGGAAGAGACAACCUCACGUAGCUAGACAUUGUGGAUAUAAGCAGUAUGGCUUCUCACCGGGUCGAUGCUGAGCAGCCAGAAGCCGGCGUGUCAACCUCUCAAGGGGCAAGUGGUGCCCCAGACUUUAACACCAGCAUUGGUGAAGUCCGCCCACCAGCUUACAGCAUUGAUGACCUGGAGAGAGAUGCCAAAGAAGGGGUGCAAGAGGUGCAGCGCAGAGUGCUCACAGCGAUUCUGGCGCUUAAUGAAAACACAGAAUACCUACGCAGCUACGGGUUGGAUCGAUCGUCCAGCGUGGAAAGAUUCAAAGCUGCGCAUCCCCUGACCACUUACGGCCACUUCAAGCCCUGGGUGGAGCGAGAGGCAUCCAACUUCCAUACGGGAAGCGAACCGAAGAUCCUCUGCGGAGAGAAGAUUGCACACUUUCUGCUGACGUCUGGAAGCACCGACAGCCGGAAGCUGAUCCCCGAGACGGAGGGCUCGUUGACCCGCGCCACGCGGUUGAUUGUUCUGGCGGCCUCCAUCUUUACAAGGUUCUUCGGCGCUGAGUCCAACGCCUACGCGCUGCGCCUGGUCAACAUGACUCGGCCGCAGCCUCUUCCGGGCGGUCUUCAAGCCAUGCAUUUAGUUCCAGCUCUUACCCGGUUUGGCCUCGACAAGUUUCCCGACGCCGUGUCCCGCACCAUGAGCAGCCCCGCGGAGGUAUUCACACUGUUCGACGCGGAGCAAGCCGCGUACUGCCACAUGCUCUGCGCGCUCGCCGGUGCGAAAAAGCUCACCCAGAUGCGGACCUCGUUCGCCGCCAGCUUCGUCGCGGCUUUUCACACUCUGGAGCGGGACUGGCGGGGCCUGGUGGAGGACGUCCGGAGCGGCGGUGUGAAUGCGGCCCGGGUCGGGUCGGAGGAAGUUCGGGCGGCGAUCGCAACGAGAAUGGCGAGGGAUUGCGAGGAUUUGAAGAGUCUUGCGGACGAGCUCGAAGCGGAAUUCCAGAAAGGGUUUGACGGGAUCAUCCCGAGAGUGUGGCCGAAGGUGAAGUUCGUGGAGUGCAUUCUCACUGGGCCAAUGGCACCCUAUCUGGAGCCCCUCAGAAGGUUUGCGGGCCCGUACCUUCCCCUGGUUACGCUAACCUACGGCUCCUCCGAAGCCUUCGUCGGCAUCAAUGUCGACCUCUCGAGUCCCGACCCCAGCACUGCCCGGUACACCGUUCUCCCGAGGGAGGCCUUCUGGGAAUUCAUCCCGGUGGAAGCGACCGGUAGCGAAUCCCCGACCACUCUCGGCCUUCACGAGCUCGAAGUCGGCCGCUGCUACGAAGUGGUACUCACCAACUACGGCGGUCUGUACCGGUACCGACUGGAGGACAUCGUCAAAGUGGAGGCGCACUUACACUCCCUGCCGCAGAUCAGCUUCCAGUACCGCCGGGGCGUGCUCGCGAUCCAGGGCGCGAGCGAGCACGUGACCGAGCGCGACCUCGCGGCCGCGGUCGCGGACGCGGCCGCGGCGCUCGCGCCACGCGCGCUGCGCCUGGUCGAGUACACGACCGCGAUCGACAUGGAGUGCCGGCCGCCGCGGUACACCGUCUUCUGGGAGGUAGAACCUCUACCGGGAAACGCGGCGGGAAGGGUUGAGCUCCCUGCGGAGAACCAGGAAGAGGCAUCGGCCUCGCUCGACGUUGCGGAGUUGGCAGAUGCGCUCGACAGAGCCGUUCAGGCGCAGAACGCGUCGUACGACAUGUCCCGCUCGGUGAAGAAGGAGCUGUCGAAGCUGGAGCUGUGUGUCGUCCGGGCGGGAACAUUCGACGAGCUGUUUCGAUACAAGGUGGCCCAGGGGGCGCACGCCGGGCAGUACAAAGUGCCCCGGUGCCUCAAAACGGAGGACGUGCUUGGGAUAUUCCGGCGGAACGUUCAGCGGAGCUCCGCUCCGGACAGCCAGUGGGUGACCGGGGGGCAAGGCGGGAGUUGAGUACAGCCAGCUUGUAAUAUUCGUUCCUCACGGGAAUACAGAAGCGUCGUGUGCUUGCAGACUACGAAACUGUCCCGUUCAGAGUUACGUAGCGCGCCGUAGUGCCCCGAGUGUCGCGUUAACGAGAACGUACUAGCUACAUUUCUCACGACGUCAGAAGAUGCAGCAUGACUGUCGGUUAGGUGGGUGUGUGUCACUCGUACGCUUUUGGAAGCUUAGGGAAUCGUCAGAAACCACUUUUUUUGCUUCACGUCAAUCGCACAGUCGACCUCAGCUUGAAAUUGAGGUUGAGAACUUGCUUAGGCACGGCAUGUGAGUGGUAUCUCAUCUGGUCGAAAAACAGAUUCUCAUACAGAGUCACGGACUGUCGUUACACGGCUCCAAACUUCAGGAUGCCGGCAUAGAGAGCAUACUUUCUUCCGUAGUCAUUGAAAAUUCACAUGCAGUUUUAUGCAUGCAGAUUAAGCUUUGAAUAUUUUCGCGGUAGUUCUAGUACUUAUCACGUAAUUCUACUCGUCUGUUCACUGUGC